GCCCGCCCAGGGGCGUGCGCUUGGGCCGGGCGCUCCGGCACCCGCGGCGGGCGAACGGCGGCGUUUGCGUUCCCAAACGGGCCCCCGUGCAGCCCCGCCGGGGCAGCGGGGCUGGCGCUGCCCGCUCCCCGCAGCCUGCGGACAGAACUAAUCGGAUUUACCCGGCGGAGGAGGGGGGAAAGGAGGCAAGAUCCGCAAACGUGCGGUAAACAAUGAAAUCGAGGGUUGCUGCUGCUGCUCUAAUCCCUUGAACACCGGACCGUGCUGCUCCCCGGCAGUGCAUUUCGGGAUCCGCAGGAGGAUGCAUGCGGCCGCGGCACGGACGUAGCUGGUUUCUGGAUGUGUCUCGGAAGGGGCUGGAUGACGGCGGCCGCCGGCGGGGAGCGGGAGCGGGGCUGACCCCGCCGCCGGCUCCGACACCGCAGCGUGGUUUUAAACCCUAUUUUUAUUAUUAGUAGUAUUCUAAUCGGGUUGCGGUGUAUUGCGGUUCUGCGCUUCCCUUCGCGCUUCCAGCAAACCUACGUCUCUCCGGCACCUCCAUCUCGUUGCGAUGCCCGCGCUGGAUGCUGCUGCCUGAAGGGAGGAGGGCAGCGGGGACAGACAUGUAUCUUCUGGACAGCAGCAGCGAGCCGCCGGCCGCCGCCUCCUCCUCCCCGGAGAGGAUGCAGCGGGGCACCCCGCAGCGGAAAACCGUGUACCGCAUCUCCGUGACCAUGGUGAAGAAGGAGCUGCUGGCGCCCGAGAGCGGCCAUCCCAGCCCGGAGCUGCCCCGCCGCGGGCGGCGCGGGGGGAGCCGUGCGCCGGGCUCCUCCAGCCUCACCAGGGCCGGGCUGCUGCUGGUGGAGGAGGAGGAGGGCGAGGAGGAAGGCGAGGAGCGGGACCGCGUCCCCAGCCCCUGCGGCUUCCGCACCUUCAGGACCCUCAGCACGGGGCAGCUGGAGCUGGGCCGCCUCAAGGUGCCGCGGCGAGCGGGGCCGCCCUUCCCCGCCGAGCUGGCCCUCGGCGGGCCGCGGGGCAGCCCUGCCCCGGAGCGCAUCGGCGGCGGAGGAGAGCCGGCGGACACCUGUGGCGGCGGGGCCGGGCCCGCGGCCUCCCCGGCGGACGAGGAUGCGGGACCGGCGGCCCGCGGCCCGCCGUCAGGCCGCUCGGGCGAGGCCCCGGCGGCGGCGGAGCGGGGGCAGAGCCCCUGGCGGCAGCCGGGCCUGCUGCGGCGGAGCUUCAGCUUCAGGCACUGGAGCGGCGGCGGGGAGCUGCCGCGGGCACCCGCCCGGGUGCGGCGGCACAGUAGCUCCGGCUGCCUCCCCGGGCCGCCGCCGCCGGGCCAGGGGGGAGCCGCGGCUCGGGGCUCGCCGCCCGCCGCCGGGCCCCCCGAGAAGCGCAACACGCUGGAUGUAGGCGAGGUGCUGAGCCAGGCCGACCCGCUCUCCCAGCUGGAGCGCUGGGAGCGGAGCAAGAGCAAGAACCGGACCCUGGAUAACAGCGACCUGCAGCGGCUCUCCGAGCGGCUGGGCCGGGAGGGCUCCGCCGCCGCCCACGAACACCGGCUGCUGCGCUUCUUCAGCGGCAUCUUCGCCCGCAAGGACGGCACCUCCGCCCUCUUCGGCGGCCCCCACGGGCGCUCCCCCCGCAGCAGCUUCUCCAGAUCCAGGGCUUAUUUCAGCAGCCUCCGGAGAGCCACGGUGGACAUGCAGUCUAGCUCCGAGAGCAUCAAUGGGUCCCCGCACAAAGAUGCCUUUGUAAAUAGCCAAGAAUGGACACUAAGCCGAUCUGUACCAGAGCUCAAAGUGGGGAUUGUGGGCAACCUUGCGAGUGGCAAGUCUGCGCUUGUACACCGGUAUCUGACUGGCACCUAUGUCCAAGAGGAAUCACCUGAAGAUAUGGAUGCAGGUGGGAGAUUCAAGAAGGAGAUAGUAGUUGAUGGACAAAGCUAUCUGCUGCUGAUUAGAGAUGAAGGUGGCCCUCCAGAGGCACAGUUUGCCAUGUGGGUGGAUGCUGUUAUAUUUGUCUUCAGCUUGGAAGAUGAAAUUAGCUUCCAGACUGUUUACCACUACUACAGCCGUAUGGCUAACUAUCGGAACACUAGUGAAAUCCCAAUGGUACUAGUGGGAACCCAGGAUGCCAUCAGUUCCAGUAAUCCACGUGUCAUAGAUGAUGCCAGAGCAAGGAAGUUAUCGAACGAUCUGAAGAGAUGCACUUACUAUGAAACCUGUGCUACAUACGGGCUCAAUGUGGAGAGAGUCUUCCAGGAUGUUGCUCAGAAGAUCGUUGCAACAAGGAAGAAACAGCAACUUUCAAUUGGACCUUGCAAAUCUCUACCAAACUCUCCAAGCCACUCGUCUGUGUGUUCUGCCCAGGUUUCUGCUGUACAUAUCAGCCAGACCAGUAAUGGAGGAGGGAGUUUAAGUGAUUAUUCCUCCUCUGUCCCAUCAACUCCAAGCACCAGCCAGAAGGAGCUACGGAUUGAUGUUCCUCCCACUGCCAACACACCAACUCCUGUCCGUAAACAGUCCAAGCGCCGGUCCAACCUCUUCACGUCUCGGAAAGGGAGUGACCCAGACAAAGAGAAGAAGGUCCUGGAGAGCAGAACAGAUAGCAUUGGAAGCGGUCGCGCAAUCCCAAUUAAACAGGGUAUGCUGCUAAAGCGAAGUGGCAAGUCACUGAAUAAAGAGUGGAAGAAGAAAUACGUGACGUUAUGCGACAACGGUGUGCUGACCUACCAUCCUAGUUUACAUGACUAUAUGCAGAAUGUUCACGGGAAGGAGAUCGACUUGCUGAGAACCACUGUGAAAGUCCCCGGGAAGAGGCCACCCCGAGCCACAUCAGCUUGUGCCCCCAUUUCCAGUCCCAAAACAAACGGCCUCUCCAAGGACAUGAGCAGUUUACACAUCUCGCCCAAUUCAGGGAACGUGACUACUAGCACAUCUGUGUCUCAGAUGGCAAGUGGGAUCAGUCUAGUCUCCUUCAACAGCCGUCCGGAUGGUAUGCAUCAGCGCUCUUACUCGGUCUCCAGUGCAGAUCAGUGGAGUGAGGCAACAGUCAUUGCAAACUCUGGCAUUAGCAGUGAUACCGGGUUGGGAGAUUCUGUGUGUUCAAGCCCAAGUAUAUCGAGUACAACGAGCCCCAAACUUGAUCCACCUCCUUCACCUCAUGCGAACAGAAAGAAACACCGCCGGAAGAAAAGCACAAGCAAUUUCAAAGCUGAUGGUAUCUCGGGCACAGCUGAAGCCAAACGCAAAGCUUGGAAACUAAACCGUGUUGGUAGCCUGCGAAAUAUAUACAGCAGCAGCAGCACCAACACUGAAGAACAAGAAGAAAACUUUGAGUUUAUCAUUGUUUCUCUCACCGGCCAGACUUGGCACUUUGAAGCUACCACAUAUGAAGAAAGAGAUGCAUGGGUACAAGCCAUAGAGAGUCAGAUCUUGGCCAGUUUACAGUCAUGUGAGAGCAGCAAGAACAAGUCCCGCCUGACGAGUCAGAAUGAGGCCAUGGCCCUUCAGUCCAUAAGGAACAUCAGAGGCAAUUCCCACUGCGUGGACUGUGAAGCACAGAACCCUGACUGGGCCAGCCUGAAUCUGGGAGCGCUUAUAUGUAUCGAAUGCUCAGGUAUACACCGAAACCUUGGCACACACCUCUCCCGGGUCCGCUCUCUUGACCUGGAUGACUGGCCUAUAGAGCUCAUCAAGGUGAUGUCUUCUAUCGGGAACGAGCUGGCAAACAGCGUCUGGGAGGAGAGCAGCCAGGGCCAUAUGAAACCUUCUCCAGACUCCACAAGGGAAGAAAAAGAGCUCUGGAUACGUGCGAAAUAUGAGCAGAAGCUCUUCCUUGCCCCACUGCAGUGCCUGGAGCUUUCUCUGGGCCAGCAUCUCCUGAGGGCUACAGCCGAGGAGGACUUGCGGACAGUCAUCCUGCUCCUGGCCCAUGGGACUCGGGAAGAGGUGAACGAGACCUGUGGAGAUGGUGAUGGGCGCACUGCCCUGCACUUGGCUUGCAGGAAAGGAAAUGUGGUGUUAGUGCAGCUCUUGAUUUGGUAUGGUGUCGACGUGAUGGCACGCGAUGCCCAUGGAAACACAGCAUUGGCCUAUGCCCGGCAGGCCUCCAGCCAGGAGUGCAUUGACGUUCUCCUCCAGUACGGCUGCCCCGACGAGCGCUUCGUCCUCAUGGCCACUCCAAACUUGGCCAGGAAGAACAAUAACCGGAACAACAGCAGCGGGAGGAUGCCCACCAUCAUCUGAGGAGGAGCUCACUCGUGUAUUCGCUGACCUGAAUUACAUCCGCAGCCUCAUAUUCCUCCAUCCCCAUCACAGCUCUGCUCUGUGAGUCUGGUAACUCUCCUUUCCCCUUUUCCUUUUGGUACAUCCCUGUCCCAUCCGGAAACAGUGAGGGGAUGAGAAGGAGCAAAAGGGGCUGCAGAGAAAGCAGUUGUUUCAGUGGCAGCUCUCCAACGAUGGAAACAAGCAGGCGAGUGCAUGUGGGUUGAGCAGGACACGCUGCGCGUGGCACCGGGACCAUGGGAGAGCGGUCGUCCGCGGGGGGGGAACCAGGCUCCCCAAGCGUGGAGGGAAGGGGCGGAGGGAGAGGCAAGCGAGAGGAGAAGGAAGGAGAGAUGGUGACUUUCUGUAACUGACAGUUAAGCACAUCAGUACAUUUCACCUCUACCAAACGCGACGCCUGGAUUUCAUUCUCUUCUCUGAAGAGCUUGACGGCAUAAAUCAGAAGCAAGCACAGAGUUUGUCAGGUUUGAAGCUCCUAUGAUGGUAUGUGUCAAAUCAGUUGUAGCUAAUCUGUCCGGGGAGAAUACUGGCUUCAUUACACUUGUAUAGUUGAGUUCUUCCAGCAUUACCGCUGUUUAAUAGAACAUGAUUAGUCAUCACGGAGAAAAAAGCAUAUUAGCUGAGGAGGUAGUUACAUGGCACGCUUCGGUGAUUGCUUGGAUGUGAUUGCAAUAUUCUUAGAAGCAUCAUAUUAUCUCAGACAUGUUCUUUCAAGCCCUUGGAGCCCUCCUUUCUAAAUUCACUGUCAUAAUUUAGUAUCUGUUUAAUUUUUCAGUCCAAAGAGAGGAAAUGAGUUGCUGAGUGUUAUUUGACUGCAGUCUCCUCGGUGUAAAAACAAAAUGGAAAAAAUAAAUAAGAGUAACUCUGAAACACAAAAAGGAAUAAUGAACACCGCUAAGGAAAAACAUUGCAAGUACGUUUAGUGAAAUUAAUACAUGCAUUAAAGGCUAAUAUUUUUUCAGCCAGCAGAAAUAGGUUCUGUCAUUUUGCCAAGGUAAAUGUGUUGAGUUUUUGGUCACUCCUGUGAUGCAUUGCCUAACUUAUACAGAUUUUUGUAUUGUGUCUCUAGAUGAUAUGUAUGUAAAAUCUAUUUGAAUAAAAAAAAAUAAUAUGCAUUGAUUAUUUUUUUGUUGUUGUACAGAAAAUGGCAUCUCUGUUAAUUUAUAAACUGUAACUGAAGUGAGCUAAAUAAUGUGCAACUAGUUAGGGUCUGUGCAUUGCAGAUCAUUGUACAUUGACAAUAUUCCCAGCAGUGAACUCUUGUUUCCAUCGCCAGCCUUUGAGGAACGUAUCAGGAGGAGAUGAUGGUGCUUUUGGCAUGAAAAUAAAGGUGUGUGAGACCUUUUAGAAAGGAAAAAGAGGCUGUUCCUCAGCGCUGUAAGUGUAUUUUACUCCCAAAGUCACAAAGCUUUCACAAGCCAAGACAAAAAGCCCAAGCCUGGCUGUGGGAAGAUCAGAUUUGAUUAAGUUCAGAAUUGAUAGCCUUCACCGCAGCGGGCAGGGCAUGGCUGCGCUUGACUCCCAACUUGGCUGCUUGCUGGAAGAAAAAUGGCUUGUGAAAGUAGCCUGGACAGUUCAUUUGAAUUCCAAGUUUUAAUAUUUGAUUCGAUGAUUUUGGUGUUCCCGGGAAGAUCCCAGCUUCUCCCGUGUUCAACCAAGUAGGAUUCUGGCACGGGGAAGUACGGGGUUUGGCAGGCAGGAAAGUGAUUUCUUUUUAAGUGGCAUAUGGCAGUGUGAAGAUGGGGGAAGGGACUAUCACAGGGAAAGUUGAAAACUCAACUGAAUUCAAUGGCAAAGGAGCAAUUAUGUGAAGGCAGUGAGGUGCACACAGCAUAGUAAUUUGCAAAUCUACCUGCUCAUAUAUAUUUCCCAAGCCUUCAGUGGUUCUCUUCCUUGGGGCUCUGGAUUUCAUUUAGCAUACAAAUGGGAGGAGCGUAGCAAUUGCUAAAUAAACUGGAUGUGGACAAAAUGUGAAGGAAAAAAAUAGUCAUCUGGUUAUCUUAAGGGGGGAGGGGAAUAGAAAAUUAAUGAUUUGAUGUAAAAUCAUCAAGUUGUGGAAGAAAAGUGAGCCUCAAAGUGGAAGCAUGAGAAUAUUGACCAGCGUUUCCUCUUUGAUGGUGUUCUCAUGUUGUACUUUGUUUCUGUAUAGACCUUUGACUGUUGGGGAGGGGAGGAAUCUUUCUUCAACCCCCAUGGGCUGGCUGCAGCGGAGUAAGGUUUCAGCUGAUUCUCUUCAUACUGGGGUAAUUUUAAUUGUUUUUAAAUCGAGGAAAGGUGUCUAAUUGCAGUUUCUCCAUCAUUCCCAGGCAGCUCCCUGAUCUUUGGUACUUAGGGGUGGUCCUUGAGCGACAAGACAACCCACAUAACAUGCAGCUAGCUGGAGGGGAUGCCGUGAAGCCCUCUGUGUCUUGGUGCUCAUGAGCUUUACACCCCUGUGGGGGGAGCACAGGAUUCAGGGGGGGAUCCUGAGCUUUACAUCCUUGUGGGGGGAUUCAGGAAUCACGGCUCGUGGUCCCUGAGGUGCUAUAGCUGCCUGCUGUUCCCCUGGGAGCAUGAAGGGCAUUUGUAUCCAAAACCCAAGUCCAAUGUUUCAAAUACAUUGCAGGCAGAUUGGUUAAGUUCUCGAUGCACGUUCCGUUUCGGAGGUGGUUUUUUCCUAAUUGAAAAUAUUUUCUGUACAUAAUGUAAUUCUCUCCCUGGGCCACGUUCCUCUUGUAAAGCAGAGAGUGAUGUUUGAGGAACAGGGGCAGCCAGGCUGUCAUGCAGAUUGCAAGUAGAAGAAUUAUACGCUCCUUUCAUAAAAGAUUUUCUGAAGGCAAAUCUUGAAAAAACACAGAAUAUUUUUAGGAGACAGAAUUCCACUGUCUUAUAGGAGAAAUUAAUACACCCAGGCUAGCCAGCUAAUCACCUCUUAUGUUAAUCAAUCAGUAACACAGUUGCUUUUAGCCUAAACAUAGUUUUCCCGUGGAGGUGUAAGCAUUGGCAGUAACUAUGUCGAAGCAGCGUAGGCUGUGUGAUGGCUUGCCCAAAUGUGUUGGGGGUCUGCGGGGAGGAUACCCAGUCAUAACCCCUUUGAAAGAUGGGAGAUGACCCAGCACCAUCUCUCUGAGACACUACAGCUGGUGAUGCUCCAGCCUCAGGAGAACAGACCAAGGAUCUGUGCCUCGUGGGCUGUUGGCUGCAGAAUCCCCUGUUCAAAUGGGUUUGGUUGGAUGGCUGGGAGAAGCUGUGUGGCACCUUCUGAUGGUGGGACAGGCCACCAGCAUAUGCUCCAUCCCCUGCUUGCAUGGUAAAGGAGGAGGAACACCUUCCCACCACAGCUGAGAGCGAGGAUGGAGGAAGUUUCCGUGGCUGGGGUCCGGAAGGUGUCUUGGCUUUGUGAGCCAAGGUCUCUGGGCUUCGUGUGCUUUUCAGGGGAUGCGUUUGCACUUUGCAAAGAGUAUUCUUGAAGCCGUCCAGGUGCGGAAACAGGGAAUAGAAAGCGACACCUCGAGCACUGGCAGGAAUCGUUCCCAUUGCUUCCACUCUGUUAACCUGUCCCAUUUCUGUUCUUCGUCUCAUGUUUAGCCCCUCUCAUUGCUUUUAUGGAACCCACUUGCCAGGCUGGUUAUGCCCUUUGAGCAUGUUAUGAGCAAAUUAAAACCAAAUUGAGAUCCAGUCAGUAAGAAAUCCCAGCAGAAACAUGUUAGCUAAAGCUGUUUUCUGCAGAAAUGGAGUCUGUGGCUGUGGUUUUCAUUGCGUCACCCAUUUAACCCUUUGCAUCAUCCCAGAUACCUUUAAAUCCCCUUUCCUCUGCACUUUAUCCAGACGACUAAAACACUAGAAGCAAGCCAGCCGUUGCUAGUAACAUCAGCACUUUCCUUCUGUUUAUUUUAAGCUAAUUGCUGUUGAACAGUGGAGAUGGGGUUGGAUGUGUCAUAUCCAGUAUCUGAACCUUGAUAUUCCCAGAUUUGAGGAGGGUUUACUUCUCCUUGCUAUUUAUGAAAAAGUAAGAUUGAACCUUGGGGAAUAUUCAGGGUCUUUCCAGUGCAUAUAGUUGGCCAAGGGCUUCGGUUACCAGAUUUCUGAUACAGAAGGCAGAAGAAAAGCUCUUUUUGGAGAAACUUGGUAUAUUCUGAGCUAGGUGCUGCUCAGAAAGCCAGGUGAGCUCCCGGAAGGUAAAAAGGAUUUUUAAGCAUUUGGGCCUAGUGUAUAAUAACGGUGUGAACAUUACUAUUGUUUGAUUUGCUGUCUUUUCUCCAUUCCCUUAAAUUAUGUGUGUUAGGGCAAAAAAGCUUUAGCUGCACUUGGAGAUUUCCCCUGGCCAGAGGAAGCUGAGUAGCAUAGGGAGAGGAGUAGAGGUGAGAAUGGAGAUGUGAGCUUAGACACUGUAAUGUAGUAUAUAAUUAGGUUAUCUGGGGUUUGGAUAGCUUCAUGGUUUAUAUUUGUAUGGAGAUAAGGAAAAAAUGAAGUAAUUUGUAGUUUCUAGUAGAAAGUAGUAAUAGUGGAGACAAGCACAGAUUUCACAAGGGGGUCCCGAAGGGGCCCUUUCCAAACGUCUCGGGGAGCCACGUUUGCACCUUAGCAGGGAACAAAUGGUUGUUGUUGCUGGAGGGACUCAAGGCAAAGGAGGACGGCACUGGGGACCAAGUCUGGGGCAGCCUGGCCAGGUAGGAGACAACUUGCCCAUCUGUAUCUCAUCAUCAGGCAUCUUCGUUUCCCCUCCGGUGGAUGCUCCAGCAGUCUGUACGUGGGGUCUCUGGCUGUUAGUCUCAGGUCCUCAACAACAUCUCCUUCCAUUCUUGGUGAUUUGUGGGUGAAAUGUAUUGCAUAGAAAACCGUUUUGGGAUAUUGUUGUGUUUCUGCGUAGCAGAAGAAAACCUCACUCCAGAUUAAAGUUCUUUUCAAGGUAGAUAUACCCUAAAUUAACCCAAAUGAAAAGGUUUUGCAAUGAGUUUUGAAUUCAUUAAGUUCUAAGCUACAAAAAGAAGGUCGGUUUCAAUGGUUUUAUUAGAAAAUCAUCUCCUGUUUGAAAGAAAUGUAGAGGUAAUGGAGCAAAAUAUCCAAAGCUGUAGGUAGGUAGCUUUGUUGUAUUAGGGUGUUCUAGGUUUGGUUUUGUUGCUUAGCAUUGGCCAGUUUUUAAAGUACAUGUUGGGUGAUCUCAUCCCAUAACAGUUGACUGAAUCUGUCUCAUGUUUUUAAAGGGAGGUUCGAAGGGGUUUGGCCAAGGUUUUCAGGAGCUGUGAAUAGUUCCCGUGUUGAGAGGAGAUUGCAUGAUCUCUGAAAACAAAAGGUUGGUUUGGGGGUGGGGGGGAAGGGAGUUUAGAGCCAUUGAAGCCCCACAUCACUAAGCAUGCUUCUGGUCAUCUUGGCCACUGUGUUUCAUUUCAGGGUGCCAGCCAUAUGUGUGUGAAUUGACUCCCAUUGUUUACUACCAGUCCCUGAAUGUUUGGGGGGGCAGAUUUUGCUUGUGGGCAGAUAAAAAUGUCUUUGUGCAUUUCAGCAUUUUAGCCUCUUCAUGUCUCUAUGUCUGCGUGUCUCCCAAAUCCCUGUGGCAUACUCAAGCGGUAGCGGUCAGUUCUGGUGGCAGGCAGAGCUUCAGCUUUCUCUUGUCCAUGAACUUUCUGGAUGUGUGUUUAGCUUCCAGUACUAAGGAUUGACUGUUCUGCAGUGCUUCAGAGCUAGUAACUUUUACCUGUGUGUUAUGUACAAAAUGUGAAGGGGGGGCGGGUGGGAAUGCUUACAGAGGUCUCAUGGCAUGCGUUUGGGAUGACCAUGUUGCUUGUUGGCAGUGAAUGCGCCAUCAGGUCUUUUGUGUGUGCCCCGUUUCCCAGAACUGAUUGGUGGGGUUUUUGUUUCUGAGAACUGAAGUAACUGAAAACACUUCCCUGGUCCUCUCAAAUGGCAAGGUACAGGGAGUACAACCCCUCCAAGCAGACAACUUGAUAGCGUCUGACCUGUGCUGAAGGCAAACCCCAAGCUCAUGCAGGACCAUGGAAAGUGGGUUGGUGCUUAAGGUGAGUUGUUAUUUGCAACUAGUUCCCAGAUGUGGGGAUUGAGUUGAGUUGAAUUGGUGGAUGAAGUGCAGUCUGGUUUGAGUCCUAAGGUAAAGGCAGUGGUGUAUCACAUGGAGGCCACUAACUGCACAUGCUUUGCGUUCAGUGUGCUUAUGUGUGCUUAUGUAUACUGCUGUGAGCAAGCGUGGAAAGUGCAUGUUUACACAUGAAUUGAAACCAAUAGCUAGAGCCAGGUUUUCAGUUAGAUCUUUCUAAACGAUCCCAAGUUGCCCAGCUAAAGACCUGCCAUUCCCAAGAGCAUAGAAGGCAGGCAUGGGAUGGGGGACCCCUGCUAGAGGGAUGGAGAGAUGCAGGAAUACGAGGUACAGGCUCACUGAGAUGUUUGUGAGCCAUCAGACCCUCGGGGCUCCACAGAUACCUAAGAGGUUUUCCAAAACAUCCAAUACCUUCAGGCAGCACUCAACUUGAGGAAACCAUUAACUUGGCCACCAAGUGUGCUAAGGCUUUGUGUGAACCAGGUAGUCCAGGAAAACUUACUUAAGCAAGUACUCACACCAUUUCUACUGUUGCUUUUGGUUUAUAGUCCUCAUCAGGGGAAACGAACGGGGGGCGAGGGCAAGUCUGGCAGGGCGAGAAGGAUGUUUGCUGUAGCUGGGCAAGGUAUAGUAGGAAACAUGGAGGAUCUUUUGUUUCCCCUUCUUGCGCCUGUGGCAAAAGAAUUCCUUUGGCAUGCUGUUGGAAACCCCGCCAAGUGUUUUUUCCACUAUAUCCAGAGAUUCAGCUGGAUUGUCCAUUGAAUCUACUCAGCUCAUUUUGCCAAUCUAUGGGGAAAAUAGGACUUACCCGUCCUCUGAAAGCACAGCCCUUUGCUCCAUGGAAAUACCAAGCUUCCAGGAGACUGCAUGCAUUCAGUCCAGCUCUCUCUUACUAUUUCAGCAUCAAGAGCAUCUUUCUUUCUCUUGCGCAGGUGGGUGCACAAACUGAAGAGGUGUUUGGGAGGGGAGUGUCUUUUAGAACACCAGGGGCUUGUUUUGUGUAGCUCAUUUUGUGUUGCUUUUGGACUGUGGUUUGGAAUUGCCGCGGGCCUGAUUCUGCAGCUCCCGCUGCCUUAAACCUCUCGACUUCAGCAGGGUUGGAGUCUAUAUUUGAGUUGGGCCCCUGGUUUCAGCAAGGUUGUGAUUUGAGGUUCAAAGGUUGUGAUUUGAGGUUCAGUCUAGCCUUUAUUUUAGGAAGUGCCGUUGGCACCACUUGGGAAGCGGAUGCAUACACUGGCUUCUUUUCCUUUCUUCCUUAACACCCUGUGACUGCCUGCAAAGGCCAGAUUUUUGGUUCAGCCGCGUUUAGCCCCCAAGUCUUUCAGUUGUUCUGCUUUGUGAUGUUUGUCUUUCUGGUUGGGAUGGGGAGAAAGGGAGCCCAGGCAAGUAGGAACACCUCUGCUUGGGGUAGAGGCACAAGAUACCUAGCACAUGGCAGGCUUUAUAGCGAGUUUUUGAGUUUGUUUGGGGUUGUUUUUUCUGUUCCUGUAAAUAGUAAUGUACAAAUGAUGACAAGACAGUGUGGAAAUGAUUAAAAAUAAGAAAAAAAAUAAAGUCUUUUGUUGUUGGUUUUUAUAUUACCUCAUUCAGCAAGUUUGUUUUACAAUGACUCAACGAUGCUUUAUUUAUAUUGUUUGUACUGUAAUUAAACUGAUUGACAAACAUUUCACUUUGCUUGUUGUUUCAUAUGGGUUUGGUUUGAUUCGGUAUGCCAGUUUGUAUUAUGUUCCCCUUUCCUCUCUCUCUCUCCGCGUUGGGGUUUUUGUGUCAGCUGUACAGUAUUCUAAAUAAUUAAAAAAAUAAUAAUAAUAAUUAAAAAAAAAAAAAGGAAAAAAAGCUGUAAAGUACCGCAGAGAGAGGCUGCUCUAUUGUAUAGGUCUCUUUCUAAUAAAGACAAGAAAACUUGUUCGUCACA